GGCAAUAAAGAGAUCAAACUGUUUCCACAAGAACGGCGAGGACAGCCCCUGCCACACAUCCAGCAACCCCUACAUGAUCAUCUUCGGCAUCACCCAAAUCCUCUUCUCCCAAAUUCCCGACUUCGACCAAAUCUGGUGGCUUUCCAUCGUCGCCGCGGUCAUGUCCUUCACCUACUCCUCCAUCGGCCUCGCCCUCGGCAUACUCCAAGUCAUCCGCAACCGCCGCUUCAAAGGCGAUCUCACCGGCGUCCCCAUCAACUCCGUCUCCCAAAUCCAAAAAAUCUGGCACACCUUCCAAGCCUUCGGAGACAUCGCCUUCGCCUACUCCUACUCCAACAUCCUAAUCGAAAUCCAAGACACCAUCAAAUCUCCUCCCCCCUCCGAAGCAACCGUCAUGAAAAAAGCCAACUUUAUCAGCAUCGCCGUCACCACGGUCUUCUACAUGCUCUGCGGCAGCAUGGGCUACGCGGCCUUCGGCAACUCCGCGCCCGGAAACCUCCUCACCGGUUUCGGAUUCUACAACCCUUACUGGUUGCUGGACAUCGCCAAUGUAGCCAUCGUGAUCCACUUGGUGGGAGCCUAUCAAGUCUUCAGUCAGCCAUUAUUCGCUUUUGUGGAGAAGUCGGCGAGCGAAAGAUGGCCGGAAUCGAGGUUUGUCAACAAAGAUGUCGUCUUUUCGAUAUCCAAGAACAGGAAAUACAAAGUGAAUAUGUUCAGGUCGGUGUGGAGGACAUUGUAUGUGAUUUUCACGACGCUGCUGUCCAUGAUGCUGCCGUUCUUUAAUGAUAUCGUGGGGUUGAUGGGGGCGUUGGGGUUUUGGCCGUUGACGGUAUAUUUUCCGGUGGAGAUUUACAUUGUGCAGCAGAAGUUGGAGAGGUGGAGCCGAAAGUGGGUUUGUUUGAAGCUGCUGAGCGGCGGGUGUCUUGUUAUAUCUGCGGCGGCGGCCAUCGGAUCG